CCUGGUGCGCUGUUGCAACAACGAGAGUGGAGUUGUCUUGAGCAUGACGGGGAGGCUAUAUCCUAUGGCUUGUGUAGCUUAACUGGUUAGCCACAUGUAGUGAGUAGCUGUUCACUGGCUUUUUGAAGCGAAACUCUUGCUAGCAUUUCAAAGGGGACAUAAAUGUCAACACCAUUUUUGAAUACAGGAAGCGUGAAUAGGCUUGUCACUUGUCUUGGUCUUUUUAAAAACUGGAUAACCUUCACUGGUGAGGAUACUAGUCGCAUUCACAAUUCAUUAGCGUGGAUAAACGUUGCCCUUUGUAAAAGAUCCAAAUGGAUAAAAAAGAACCAAAAUUUCGGAAUAAGGACAUUAACCCAUGCAUCGAAGAAAGUGAUGCCUCCCAUAAGUGUUUGGAUGCCUACAACUAUGAUAAGCGCAUGUGUUCAGCCUAUUUCCUGAGAUAUAAGAACUGUAGGAAAUACUGGCACAACAUAAUGCUGGAGAGGAGACGAAACGGUGUGAAACCUGACAUGCCCACUGCUGCAGAGAGACAGGAGAUGAUUGCUGCUAUAGGAGGCACACCAUACUGAGAGUCAGCAAUGUCACACAGGGACACUGUGAAGACCAGUAGGCCUGGAUACUGGCUACAGGCCAGUGCAUUCUGGUGAUGCUACUACACCACAGUGGCUGGGUGUAUACUGUGACUGUCCUCUUCUCAGGCUCAGGUCAUGUUGAAGUGACCACCUUGUAGCUGGACUGUAUUCUGAAAUAAAAUGGAUUAAGGGGGGAGUCACAGAAAGACAAGAUAUGAGCUUGAUUAUUUAUUGAAGUUAAUAACAAUGUGACAUGAAAUGGCACAUUAUGAAAUGAAUUAAAGCAUAUCCAAUGCAGUUUUUGUUUUUGUUCGACGAAAAAGUCCUGGGGUCUGUUCUAGGGAGCAGGUUCAACAAACUCUGAACCUAACCCUGAACUGUGAACUGACUAACCCUGAGAUGGGAACAGCUGAUUUGAGUUAGUUCAGUCAACUCUUGAGUAUGUUUACUCUGAGUUAAGUGUGUGUAUGGUGAAUGGAAAAAAGCCAUAAUUAAUGGAAAUUUGAUACUACGAUUGACCGUGGUAAUGAGUGAGUAAAGAGCAGAGCCUCCAUUUUAAUCCAGUGAAGUUAAAAAAUAUUAAGAUGUGAUUGCACAUUUAUCUUCAGCAGUGAAAGAGUUUGUUUGUUACCUGUUGAGGACAAAGAGCUGGUGGCAGACGGAAUGAAACAGAGAGACAUAAGUCUGUAAAUGAACUUAUGAUUGUCACUCAUAGUCAUUUUAUAUUUUUAGAUGUCUUUGUAACACUUGUUACAUGUUUCUAAAAUGUUAUGAUGUAGUAAAAUUAAACACAGUAACUGAAA